AUGAAAUGGUUGGAGAAAGGCACUAGCGCCGGCGUCCAAGCCCUAUUGACGUUCUACCUGAAGCGCCAGUACUUCAUCAGCAACACUGCCGUUGCCACCACCUUAAUCCUGUGGAAUGCCCUCUCCAACUUCAGCUCACCUUGCGCCUCUCUCGCCGCCGAUUUGUACGGACGCUUUCGAGUAAUCUCCGCCAGCAGUAUCCUCGCUUUCUUGGGAAUGGGGAUCAUGUGGGCUACCACAUUGUCCUCCAAGGCACGGCCACCGCCUUGCUACGAAAGCAAUGAUCCCUGCGAAGGACCGAACGGCGGGCAACUCCUUCUCCUAUUCACCUCUCUGUUUCUGAUGGGCAUUGGAGGUGGUGGAAUAAGGCGGUGCUCGCAGACCUUUGCCGCAGAUCAAAUCAUGAUCAACCGGCCGGCCGGCGCCCCAACCAUCAGUAGCUGGUACCAUAGCGGGGCCGGAAUGUGGGUCAUUAUUGUGGUUCUACUCUUGACCAUAGCUCAGGAGGAAUACGGGUGGGGGUUUGGGUUAGGAGCCGCUGCGGUCUUCAUGUUGCUAUCCCUCGUCGUUUUCUUCAUAGCCUCGGCCGGGUACAGUAAGCUGCCAGGAGGGACCGACGGCCGACGGGGCCCACGCCGUCGUGAAAAGUCUAAUUCGCGUCAUUAUAGCGGCGUGGAGCAAAAGGAGUCAAUCCACGUCUUUCUUAAUAAAGCGUGCUUGGUGGUCAACGAGGAGAAAGAAGUCAACCCAACUACGGGUCUGCCAACGGAUCCGUGGGCGCUUUGCAGCGUCGAGCAAGUGGAAGAGUUCAAGGCUUUGGUCAAAUUGAUACCAAUUUGGUUAACCGGAGUCUUGAUCGCCGCUUUAACCAGCCCACUCACGUUCACGUCCCUACAAGCCGAAACCAUGAAGCGCCAAUUCAUAGGCCGCCGCAUCCAGAUCCCGGAAUCGGCCUACGGGGUCUUCACCGUCGCAUCGUCGACUCUCUUGGUAACACUCUACAAUCUCUCCAACAAGUUCUUCGUUUCCAAUGCCGGCAUCCCGGCCACGUGGCGCUGGCGCAUGGGUAUCGGCGCGGCGUUUUCUUGCACCGCUAACAUCGUUGCCGGAGCAGUGGAACGUAUUCGUCGGGAAAAGGAGAUAUUCACCAUGUCGGCGAACUGGCUGAUCGUCCAGCUCUGCCUGACCGGUUUGGGUGAAGGUUUCAGCGCCGUGGCCCACAGUGAGUUCUACGACUCACAUUUCGUAGGGGUUGUGGUCCUUGAGCCAGUUUGCUGGUGGAUUGGUGGCCAGUUUGGUGUUGCUUAUGGUGAAGAAAUUGACGGGGAAAGGAGUGAGAAAUUGGGUGGCAGACGAUUUGGACCGGAGUCAUUAUGA